CCCCGAAGGCAAGAUCUGUCACUGCUCACUCAUUUGCUGGAAGACGAUCAGAAAGUAUGUUAAAUGCACCAAGAAAUGCGCCGGAGUCUGUUAUAAGGGCGUCGAGAGGUUUGUGGUCAGAUCUGCUCUCUGUGAGGAGGGGAGCAGGUUUCAACAGUUGACGCGGAGACAGAACUGAGCGCAGGAGAAGCGAUUCAUUUUGAUUAUCUGAAAUCUUCCGGCAUCCCUGCCCUUUUUUUUCUUCCUUUUCUCCUUUUGUCCUUUUUUCCUCUCUUUCUUUCUUUCUGUUCUUUUUUUUUUUUUGGCGUUGUCUCCCAAACAUUUACGGGGGCAGUGCGGAGCAGCAUUGUCCGAAUGAAGAAUGCAAGAGCACCAGGUCCAAUUGGACUGGAUUAUGGGAUUACUGGACUGAUUAUUGGACAAUCAUCGGGCAAAAGUCGCAGCCGUGCAGUAGAUGCUAUUGACUGACUGGAACACAAAAGGUUGGACAAACGGGGGUAUCAGCUCACCCUCCACAUCCUGCUUUUUCUCCCACUUUGUGGCGUGCAGGGGCUGGCGAGCUGAACGCAUAUGCAACAGUGUGCCGCAAAGGAGAAAAAAGUAAAUGCGUGCUGAAUGGUAACAUCGGGCAAUGCUGCAUUUUGAAUGGCCAUGUCAGUAUUUGCAGUAGCCUAGGUGUAGAUGUCGCAUGAGGGCAAUGCGCUUUUGUAAGCCGCGGUCUAACCUUCAUCACAGAGAUUCAAACGCUUUAACCUUGGAUGCGGUAGGGAAUAUUCAUACUUUCCGCCUACUGAAUAAUCAUUGAUCCGUCACCUUUUUUGGAGAAGAGGAGCGUUUCUUCUGCACUAUGUUGGAUUUGAUGUUUAAUUUAUACAUCAGGUGUCGUCGGGCGGUCAUCUUUGUUUAUAGAAAGAGUUCCUCGCAGCCGCACGGCAUGUGAAAGAGGUUAGGAUACUGAUUAAAAGGAGACAACGGUUCACAAACUGGUUUAAUGCCUAAUUAGUGUGAUAUUGGACCAACCACGCGCCUGGUGUGGGUUUAGUUCUCUAGGUUUUGCCGUAAUCAACAGGUUGAAAGUCAACGAGGAUUUUUUUUCUUCUCUUUUUUUUCUGUCUAUCCCCACUGCACUACUAGUUGAAGGGAUGCGUCUCUCUAUAUCAGUUUUCUUUCUGUUGUGGGUUAAAGCCCUGACAUUGAAAAACCUUAAUUACUCUGUCCCAGAGGAGCAAGGACCUGGAACUGUUAUAGGCAAUAUAGCAAAAGAUGCCGGCUAUGGGACCAUUGAAAGGGGGAAAAAAUCUAACUUUCGAGUGCUGGAGAAUUCUGCACCACAUCUGGUGGACGUUGACCCCGAGAGUGGACUUAUUUUCACCAAACAAAGGAUUGACAGGGAGACGUUAUGCAGGCGCAACCCAAAGUGCCAGCUGUCUAUGGAGGUGUUUGCCAACGACAAGGAAAUUUGCAUGAUCAAGAUUGAUGUACAGGACAUAAACGACAACUCGCCCAGUUUUCCUUCAGAUCACGUUAAUAUUGAUAUUUCAGAAAACGCAGCUGCUGGGACACGUUUCCCUCUGACUAUUGCACAUGACUCAGAUUCUGGGGAAAAUGGGAUAAAAACCUAUCAGGUAACACGAGAUGAUUUCAAUACUUUCUCCUUGGAUUUAAAAGUGAGGGGUGAUGGGACUAUAUAUCCAGAGCUGGUGGUUCAGAGACCUCUGGAUAGGGAGGAUCAGAGUCAUCACACCCUUCUCCUCACUGCAAUUGACGGUGGGGAGUAUCCAAGAUCAGGCUCCAUGCAGAUCAACGUCAGAGUGACUGAUUCAAAUGACAACAGCCCGGUUUUUGAAAAAUCUUCCUAUGUGAUAGAGAUUCCAGAGAAUUCACCCCCUGGAAAAGUACUCAUAGAUCUGAAUGCCACCGACCACGAUGAAGGAAGCAACGGGCAAGUUGUUUAUUCCUUCACUGGAUAUGCAUCUGAGCGAAUACAAGAUCUGUUCUCAAUAGACCCCAAUACUGGCGUCAUCAAAGUCCAGGGGGAGAUUGACUUUGAGGAGAAUCCAAUCAUCGAGUUUGAUGUACAGGCUAAGGAUCUGGGGCCCAACCCAAUACCGGGCCAUUGCAAAAUUACUGUCAAAGUGCUCGACAAAAAUGAUAACUCACCGAUAAUAAGUUUUGUCUCCGUCCGGCAGGGAGCCAUCAGUGAGGCAGCUCCUCCAGAAUCUGUCAUAGCACUCGUCCGAGUGACAGAUAAAGACUCUGGGCGUAAUGGUCAACUACAGUGCCGGGUGCUAGGAAAUGUACCUUUUAGACUGCAGGAAAACAAUGACAAUUUCUUCACUCUGCUCACAGACAGACCUCUGGACAGAGAGAUGAAGGAUGAAUACAAUGUAACAAUUGUGGCCAGAGACAACGGGAUUCCCUCUUUGAACAACACCAGGUCAUUUACUGUGAAAAUCUUAGACGAGAACGAUAACGCGCCUCGCUUUACAAAGACAUUGUACGUCUUACAGGUGCCUGAGAACAACAUCCCAGGGGAAUACCUGGGCUCCAUUUUGGCCCACGACCCAGAUGUGGGUCGAAAUGGAACUGUGUCGUACUCUAUUUUACCUUCACAUAUCGGGGAUGUGUCAGUGUACACUUAUGUGUCUGUUAAUCCCACCAACGGAGCCAUAUAUGCCUCACGCUCUUUCAAUUAUGAGCAAACGAAAUCCUUCGAGUUCAAAGUUCAGGCUAAAGAUGGCGGCUCGCCUCACAUGGAGAGCACCUCCACAGUCAGGGUCAAUGUUCUUGAUGUGAAUGACAAUCUCCCAGUUAUCAUUUUACCCCUUCUGCAAAAUGACACCGCAGAAAUACCAGUGCCUAGAAAUGUGGGUAUUGGAUACAUUGUGGCCACGGUGAAAGCAGUGGACCAUGACCACGGAGAAAGUGGCCAUUUAACCUAUGAGAUCUCAGAGGGAAAUGAUGACCACCUGUUUGAGAUGGAUCCAGUGGGAGGAGAGAUCAGAACUACCCAUGCUCUUUGGGAGGAGAUUUCCCCAGUAGUUGAGCUGGUAGUGAAGGUAACUGACCAUGGCAAGCCCCCCUUAUCUGCCGUGGCUAAGCUGAUCAUUAAGGCGAACACAGAAACAGCAGCAGGAGGGGGUUCCAGCGCGAGUGGGGAACAGCAGCACUGGGAUGUGUCCCUGCCCCUCAUAGUUAUCCUCUGCAUUAUCUCUGUCAUGCUCUUAGCCGUCAUGACCGCCAUCGCUGUCAAGUCCAAGCAUCACGAUAAGGAGACUGGGAAUUAUAACUGCCGCAUGGCUGAAUACUCCAAUACUCCGGUGGGGAAAGGAAAAAAGAAAAGGAUCAACAAGAGUGACAUCAUGCUGGUGCAGAGUGAGAUGGAGGAAAGGGAUUCUGCGAGUCGGAUGAAUGUGGUGAGCAGUCCUUCUCUCAUCACCUCACCAAUAUGUUUUGACUACCAGAGCCCUCUGCCACUCACACUGCCCAGGUCAGAAGUCAUGUACCUGAAAACCACCCCGAACAGCCUGACCGUUCCUAGGUCAGGCUGCCACUCCAGCUUUGCCGGGCUUAGCACAGACACUCCAGCAAAUAGGAUGUCAGUGAUACAGACUGAAAAUUUCUCUACAGAGCCCAAUUAUGCAGGCAGCAGGCAGCCAUUUGUUCAAAGCUCAACAUUUAAGGAUGCAGAACGAGCCAGCCUAAGAGACAGUGGCCAUGGUGAUAGUGACCAGGCUGAUAGUGACCAGGAUACUAAUAAAGGCUCACACUGCGACACAUCUGCCAGGGAGGCCCUCAAGAUGAAAGCAGUGGCAGUUAAUGGCCAGACUUUUGAGAGGGAGCAAGACAAAUCAGCCCACUGCACCGAUGAAUGUCGUGCACUGGGACAUUCUGACAGAUGCUGGAUGCCAAAGUUACGGGUAGGAAGCCAAGCAGACAGCGCAGAUAAUCGCACCAACCUUUUCAUCCCUGUGGGAAUGGAUGCCAUGGUAGAGACAGAGAUUUAUGGCACCAUCAGCUGCAACAGCAGAAAAACCCUCAGCACGUUUGGAAAGGAACAGCGGGACAGCACAAUCCUUGUGGCCAAUGUCAAACCUUACUUAAAAUCGCAGCGUGCUCUGAGUCCACCGCUACAGGAGAGUCCGUCCACAUCCACCAGUCCCACCAAGAGCAGCGUGCCGCUGGACUUCGCCAACCAAGAGUCCAAGGAGGAGAGGGAUGGGGGAUCAGACAGCAGUGCCUACGGCCCUCCAGAUGGCCAGUGCUCCCCGCAGCACACCGAGCUGGAGGAGCCCUCCUACCUGACCCGCGAGCUCAGGCCCAAGUCCCUGUCAAGCAGCCUCAUUCACAGCUCUGUCAUCAGCCAGGAGUGCGGGGGGUCGGAUUGUGCUCUCGACCCGAGGGACUCUGGUAACUGACAGGUGAGCUGAUCACCCUCUCUCUCACCUGCCAGGGGUGUGAUGACGAUAUCUACAGAUUAAUGGCCAGGAGGUGAUUUAUUUUGACCCACACAAGAGUGUUCAGACAUGCAUUGUAUAACCAAAAACCAUCUGCUUUGUAUGUUUUUUCUUUUCUUUUCUUUUCUUUUUUCUGUUUUAUUUUGUUGUUUUUCUUUGGGUUCGUGACUUGUUGUGUUUCAGUGAAAAUAUGUGUCCUUGACUGCUGUGAAGGUUUGGGGCGGGAAAGGGGGAUUCAGAGCUUACUUGACUUCAAGUGUUUCCAUGGUGUACCGUACAUGUCAUUUUAAAUGUCUGUAUUUUACACAUUUCAAACUCCAGUUUUGUGAGGCUGUUGGAAAAAAAGAAAACAAAAAACUUGCUACUGUUGCGCUAUUGAGUCCUGUCUGCUUUUGUACAGUGAAGCUUUCUGUCCCCAUUUAGUGUAUUAAGGAGCAUCUUUUUGAAAUAUCACAAACAACUGAAAUACAUAUCAGUCACGUUACAUUCAAAAGUGAAGUGUCUUAUGAACUGUUAAUGGUGGUACAACAGGGAAUGUCCCUUUUCAUAAAAACCAUUUGAAGUUCCUAUAAAAAAAACAAAAACAAACAGUUUUUUAAGAAUGUAUUUGUAAUUUUAUUGUUGUCCUCUCUGCUGUUUAUGUGAAAACAAGCUGACCUUACACGUGAAUGUGGGCUACUGUACUCGUUGUGUACUUUAUUAAAUUUGUAUACACUGUGUGCACGGGAGGCGGUUAUUUUUGAGCAGCGACAACAUCUGAAGAUGUCCUGUUUAUGUGAGAGAAGUGCAUUGAUGUGUAUCAGGUGCUUUUAUGUGUUAAUGACAGAUAGCACUAGUGACUCUGCAAAUGUGCCAACUUUAGAUCUACAUUGUGUACCAGCACAUGUUAUUUAUCAGUAUCUUAGUAAAACCAACUCCUAGAGAAAGUCUCAAUCAACAUUUUACACAGCUAUUUAUAUUUAAUAAAUUCAAAUAAAAACAGGCACUGUGGAUUAGUGCACCCAACGGAAGAUGAGUUGACUUCCUCUGCACAAUGCUUUUAUUAAAAGAAUGCAUCUCUGCCAUGGAUAUGUUUGUGCUAUUUUCAAAUGCAUUAUCAUCUGAGUUGGACUGGCUUUGUUUAAAUCUGACUGUGUCUGGCGAAUGAUGAGACACGAAAAAGUUAAGGCUCGACUGCAACUAGCAUUUACAGGCAGGGUCUUUUGAAAGAAAUUCUUUGAUAAGAUGAAAUUGCAUUUUAAUGAUCCCUAUGGGGGAAAGUAGGUCAUCGAAGGAGCUCCAGAUCGAACAAAUUAAAGUGAAUUAGAGGUUAUGACAGAGAAAGCAAAAAAGAAAGUUGCACAGCAAAUAAAAAAUGAGAAAGUU